AAAUUUCAGAGUGAGAUUGCCUACAAUGUUUUACAUUUCGAAGUUGAAAUGUCAAUGUCAUACUUAAAUCAAAAGGUUCCCUGGUUAAAAAUGGAAUUCUUCAACGUCAACCAAAGACCACAAAAAAUGGAAAAGUCUUUUCCGAGGCUAAACUCUGCUAUAAAACAAUUCGAGGGCAGAGGCAAGAAAUCAGCAAAAAAACUUUCGGUCAAUCCAAAGCAAAAGCUAAUUUCAUCAAUCCACAAUCUUUAUCAUUUGAUAGCGAAACCUAACUGUAUUAUUACUUUGGAAAAUGUUGUCACAAAGGUUGUCUGAUCCAUCAACAGUUUUGACUGCAGCAGCCUCUUUCGUUGCCACAUCGAUGAUUAUUCGAAGCAUUGCCAAUGAUUUGAUUCCUGAUGGACUCCGAAGUUAUUUCUCCUCCAGCAUCGACAGAUUUUCCCGGAGAAUCUCUUCAAAACUGACCAUCGUCAUAGAGGAAUUUCAAGGGCAUUCGACAAACGAGUUGUUUGUGGCAAUUGAUGCCUACUUGGGCACUAAAGUGACCCCAUACGUUCAAAGAAUCAAAGCGAGCAAAGGCGAGAACGACGCGAAACUAGCGGUCACUGUGGAUAGAGAUGAAGAGAUAGUUGAUGUUUAUGAAGAUGUGCCAUUAAUCUGGACAUUGGUUUGCAAGGAGGAUGAAUCAUUCGGUAGCAGAAAUUUCCGUAGCAGAAAUUGGGAUGAUCGGAACGCGUCUCUACGAUCUGAAGUGAGAUCGUACGAGAUAAACUUCCAUCAGAAACAUAGAGAAAUGGUUUUGAAUUCAUAUUUACCUUACAUUUUGGACAGAGCAAAGGUCAUCAAAGAAGAAAGCAAGGCUAUAAAGUUUCACACAGUUGUUUACGGGCUCUGGGACUCGAGGGUGAUUAAUCUUGAUCACCCAAUGACCUUCAAGACGCUUGCCAUGGAUUCAGAGCUUAAGAUGACAUUGAUGGAUGACUUGAAGAACUUUAUGGAGGGGAAGGAAUUCUAUAGAAGAACUGGGAAAGCUUGGAAACGAGGGUACUUGUUGUAUGGUCGUCCUGGCACUGGAAAGUCGAGCUCGAUAGCAGCCAUGGCUAAUCACCUAAAUUAUGACAUCUACGACUUGGAUCUAACAGCUGUCCAGUUCAAUGCUGAGUUAAGAUCGCUGUUACUCAGCAUGUCGAAUCGAUCUAUUCUCGUGAUCGAGGAUAUUGAUUGCAGUGUCAAUCUGCAGAACCGAGAAUCUGAGAGUGAAUCUGGUAAAGAUAACAAAAAUCAGGGGACACUUUCAGGACUCCUCAACUUUAUAGAUGGACUUUGGUCUUGCUGUGGUGAAGAAAGAAUCGUUGUGUUCACGACCAAUCACAAAGACAGGCUAGACCCCGCAUUGUUGAGGCCAGGUCGCAUGGACAUGCACGUUCACAUGUCAUAUUGCACAUUUUCUGCAUUCCAGCAGUUAGCCUUCAACUAUCAUAGAAUUUCCCAGCAUCAGUUCUUUGAAGCAAUUGAAGAGCUUAUUGGGGAGGUUAAAGUCACCCCUGCAGAAGUUGCAGGAGAGCUGAUGAAGAGCAAAGAUGAAGAGUUUUCCCUCCAAGGCCUGGUCGAGUUCCUUCGGAAGAAGAAAAUUCAACUGGAUGAGCCUGAAACUAAAAAGGAUAUCAACGAAGAUCAUCAGGAAGGCAGAGACAAGCCAGAUGGUGAAGGGGAAAAACUAAAUUUAGCUCAAGGAUGAUGACGAAAAUAAAUAGGAAAAAUCUAGGACUAUUAAAACGGCCUCUUUCAAUCAUUUUAGCAAGAGGGGGGAGGUUUCUAUGGGUCAUUGUAUACGAAAAUAUGACUUAUGAAAAGAAUUUUGUAAAAUGUUUGUGAAAUAAUGGGAAAAUCCUUCUUCCUCGAAGGGGGUUUGGUUUAUCAAUCUACCACUUGAGAGCACUUGAAAGUGGUAUAAAAUCUGAAUCCAACUUCUGAAAAACUCGUGACAGUCUUUGGAAGACGAUGCAUUCCAAAGCAAUUGGUGAAAUGGACAGGCAAGGGGAACAACCUAUUGACAUCUGCUCUUGAAUCUGAAUUUUCAAUGGGUUGUAAAAUAAUCGUCCAAGACAAUAAUUUACUGAUCCCAAGACAAGAAUCCAUCAAUUCAACGACCCCAAGGAAGGAAAGAUCCUUAUGCCAAAAUGGGAUGCCGGAUCGUUUGGUCAGCACCAUAGAUCCACGUUUAAGAUUACCAUUUGACAUGGAAAAGGUUAGGACUGGUGAAACUGGUUUAGUUGGAGUCGACGAUUUGACAAUUUUAAUAAAAGCAUGUGUAAUAGUUUU